AUGGCGUCUCACGAACAAGGUAGGCCACUGCCGAAAUUUGGAGAGUGGGACGUGAAUAAUCCAGCUUCAGCCGAUGGAUUUACAGUGAUUUUUGCAAAGGCAAGGGACGAAAAGAAGGCCAAGGGCACUGCUGCUAAUACAGCCCCACCACCGAGUACUGAUACGCCUCAAACACGCCAAUCGUACGGGACCCAAAACAAGAAAAAGUGGCUUUGCUGUUUCUAA